CAACAGAGCAGCCUCCCUUUAAAGAGGGGCAGCAGGAUGGAAGGCAGACACAGCCAGAACCAUGGUGCUGUCAACCCUCCUGCUUCUCAGUGUCCUCAUUGGCCCCUUGCUACUCUGGGGUCACCCAACCUCCCGGGGAUGCCUCCCUUCAGGACCUUGGCCUCUGCCCUUCCUGGGGAACAUUUUGCAAAGACACCAGGGCUUUCUCAAGACCUUCCAGUCGCUGCAGAAGAAAUACGGGGACGUCUUCACAGUCUACCUGGGACCCCAGCCUGUUGUCAUCCUGUAUGGGUACAAGGCAGUGAAGGAGGCUCUGGUGAAUCAAGCUGAAGCUUUCUCUGGCCAAGGACACAUCGCCAGCAUCGAUCCCUUCUUCAAGGGGAGAGAUUUGGUCUUUGUCAAUGGAAAGCCUUGGAAGGUCCUUCGGCAGUUCUCUGACCUCACCAUGAGAGAGUUCGGGAUGGGGAAGCAGAGCAUUGAGAAGCAAAUCCAGGAGGAGGCUCAGCAUCUGGUAGAGGAGCUCCAGAAAUCCCGGGGGGCCUAUCUGGAUCCCACCUUCUUUUUUCACUCCGCCAUGGCUAACAUCAUUUGUACUAUCAUCUUUGGCCAGCGCUUCAAUAACCAGGACCCUGGAUUCUUACGGUUGCUACAUUUAAUGAAUGAUAUCUCUGAUCUCUCCAGCUCUUUCUACGGCCAGAUGUUUGAAGUCUUCUCCGGCAUCCUGAAAUACUCUCCGGGCAUCCACAGGGACGUGUACAGCAAAGUCCGAGAAAUUGAAGAUUUUGUCAUUAAGAAUAUCCAGAGGCACCGGGAAAUGCUAGAUCCCAGCGCCCCAAAGGACUUCAUCGAUUCCUUCCUGGUCCGCAUGGACAAGGAGAGCUCUGAUCCUGAGAGCGAAUUUCACUUUAAGGACCUUGUCUACACGGUCGUCUCGCUGUUUCUCGCCGGCACAGAGAGCUCCAGCAACACUCUCUUGCAUGGAUUUGUACUCCUUCUUAAGAACCCUGAUGUUGUAGAGAAAGUCCAGGAAGAGAUUGACAGAGUGAUUGGCUCACAUCAUCUCCCAGCCCUUGAAGAUAGGGCAAAAAUGCCUUACACAGACGCCGUCAUCCAUGAAAUUCAGAGAUUCAGUGACGUCCUCCCCCUUGGUCUUCCGCGUUGUGUCAUCAAGGACACUCACUUCUGGGGAUAUCAUCUCCCUAAGGGCACCACUGUGUAUCCUGUCUUGAGCUCCGUCCUCCAUGAUCCAUGCCACUUUGAGAAGCCAGAAACGUUCCACCCUGGCCACUUCCUGGAUGCGGAGGGCAACUAGACGCAGGAAACCUUUAUCCCAUUCUCCCUAGGUAAGCUGAGAUCUUUCCCACAUUUUGAGAACUCCUGCUCACCACUUCCCCUUUGUGUGACUUUCUCCCUUUGUCCAACCCCAAACACACAAUGAAGAUUUUUGAAAAAGAUGAGGAUUCAGAAGAAAAGAAAAAGCAAGAAAUCUACAGAGACAUAGAAGGUGUGGGAGAAGGAAAAGAGGGGGUAUAAUAGGGAAGACAGAGACUAAGUCAAUGACGGAAAUGAAGUAAAAGACAAAGACACAUACAUGCUCGCACAUUCUCACAC